AUGUCUUCAUUAAAAAUGAAUGAAUGUUCAAUAUGUGAAAAAGAAUUAAAGCAAACUGAUGAUUUAGUAACUACAACAUGUAAUCAUACAUUUCAUCGUUUGUGUGCUCAAGAUCGUCUUGAUACAAAAAGGAAAUCUGAUUGUCAUGUUUGUCAUCAAGAAUCAGCACUUAGUGAAGCACUUGCUCGUCUAAAAAUUAUAAGUCAAGGAGAAUGUUCAAUAUGUGAAGGUAAAUGGAAUGCACAAGAUGAUUUAGUAACUACAGAUUGUAAUCAUACAUUUCAUUAUGAAUGUGCUCAAAAUCGUCUUGAGCAAAAAAAUCGAACUGAUUGUCGUACUUGUGGAAAAGAAUCAGCUCUUGGUAAUGCACUUACGCUAAAAAAUUCAGCAAGAAAAGGUGAAUGUUCAAUAUGUGAAGAAGAAUGGAAUUGGAAAGAUGAUAUUAUAACUACAAAUUGUAAUCAUACAUUUCAUCGUCAUUGUGCUCAAGAUCGUCUUGAUAAAAAAAAUAAAACUGAUUGUCAUUUUUGUCAUCAACCAUCGGCUUUUGAUAAUAUAUUAGUUCGAAAUAUAACAAUAGACCUUAAAAAAUCUACUAAACAAGAUUUAAAUGAAACAACCUCGGAAAAAUUACCAUCGAUGGAUACACGUAGUUCUACACCUGAAAAAUCUCAGACAAGAAUUGUAAGAGAUGAAAAUACUUGGCAAUGUGAUGAAUGUUUAGGUACUAAUGAAAGAUCAAUACCUCGUUGUGGAUUUUGUGCAAAACCACGAUUUGCUGCAUCUUCUAUUUCGAUUAAUCAAAUACAACAACAAGAUAAAAUAACCAAUGAUAAUCAAACGGUCCUUUCAAAUAAAUAUUCAAAAAAAAAUGAAUACAAAUCAUUAGAUCCAAACACUUCAGGUAAAUUUUGUUAA